UCUCCGUAUCUCCAGACUGAAACAUGUUUUGCAUAAAGUCGUAUAGGAAAUAAAAGUCAAUAUGUUGAGACUGAAGAAACAAAGACCGCUUGAUGUUCAGUCGUGACUGUUGAUUCAGAUCGAUUAUAUCAUGGAAAGAUUGAUUCAUCUGCUGCUGUUCUUAGGACUUUGUCUGUUCACCCAGACCAUCUCAUGUCAUUAUGGGUAUAUUAUGAUCCAGAAGAUGAAGUCCUGGUAUGAUGCACAAGCUUACUGCAGACAGAAUCACAUUGAUCUGGCCACUGUUCAAAGCAAUGAAAACUGGACACGUCUACAAGAAAUAGUACAAUACAAUAAAAUGAGUUCACUUGCCUGGACUGGACUGUACAAUGACAUUAAUAGCUGGCGGUGGUCUUAUCAAGAUGAGAACGUUACAUACUCUUACUGGUUUAUUGGAGAACCUAACAAUCUGGAUGGAAAACAGCAAUGCGUUAUGUUAUCAAGUCUUUUGGCAUGGCAAGAUAGGCAAUGCAUGACGCUAUUUCCCUUUAUUUGCUUCAAUGAAACUCAAACAGGAUCAAACAGGUUUGUUUUAAUCAACAAAUUGAAGACCUGGCCUGAAGCUCAGAUCUACUGCAGACAACAGUACACAGACCUGGCAACCAUACGGACUCAAGCUGAGAGUGACCUGCUGACAACAAUGAUGAUAACACGUUUGAUCGCUGAAGUAUGGAUUGGUCUGUUUAGGGACUCGUGGAAGUGGUCAGAUGGAUCAAAUGUCUCCACAUCCUCCAUUAACUGGGAACCUGGAGACCCUAACAUUGGCGGGGUGAACGAACCUUGUGGUGCUGCAGAUGCCAGUGGUCUAUUAGUAGAUGAACUUUGUGCAACAACCUUUCCUUUCAUCUGCAUGGAUACGGUGUCAAAAAAACAGAUUUUGAAGGUUGAGGUGAAAUCUGGCAACAAUCUGAAUGACCCUGCAGUGUUGGAUAGCAUCUUACAGUUUAUAAAGCAGAAACUGGAGGAUCAUGGGAUGGAGAACACAGAAUUGACAUGGAGACUGCAACCAGAUGGAAAUGUUUUCUCACCAAAGGAUAAUCCAGAUAGCAAGAAACCAAUAAAACCAUGUUAAAUCAAUGUUCAUGUGUCAACAUGAACCAGCAAAUGUUAAAAUGUCAUUACAAUGUUAAUGGCAGUCAGUUUAACACAAAUGAAACUAAAAUGACACAGCUUAACAUCAACUGCAGAACAAGAUCAUCACAGUAAUCUCUCAAGAUCUCACAAGAUGAGGAUUAAACGACUCCACAAAAAACAAUUUAUAGUAAAUAAAAAUGUAGCUGAAAAAUGAAGAUAGUGCUGGAGAAAAAGCAGAGAGCGAUGGGUUAUGUAAGAGACCCCUACGAUAACUAAGGAAGCUUGUUAUUAUUAUUUGACAUACAGGUGACUUCCAGUAUAAUACAUUUGACACUGUUUGCUGGCAUAAAUCUGGGCAUAUGCUGUGAGUUCAGCAUCGUUUUGGGUAAAUUUGACAACUACUACUAACCAUGUGCAACAUCCUCACAAGGGCUGUCAAAACUAUUCAUCCUUCUAUCUGAUCGCUGGUCAGAGGUUAAUCGGUUGCCAUAUUGUUUCCCCCUUGUACACAAAGAAGAAAUUCGGCAUGACUCAAAAUAAAGUAAAUUGAGAACCAUUGCACAGUUUAUACCCGACUAAACAAAAACAACAAAAAAGUGAACUGAUUCAAGUUGAGUCCUUUUAGGAAUAUAGAUGCAUUCAUUCAAUGUCACUUUUAUCUGUGUGCGCUCUCAGCUUUCAUCAAAUUUUACAUUUUAGUUCAACAUCUCAACCAAAGUGAUGAUUUGGAUGUCAAGAAUUGUGAAUGUGAUGCAGAGGAAAGGAAAACAGUUAGCACAUCUCUGAAGUUUGCCAUAUAGUUAUGACCUUUAACCCUUUCAAAUAAUUAAUACAUACACAGUAUAUCAAGUACAACUGUGGCUGUGUUGCAGUGAACUGGUCAACUUUGACUUUUGCUAUCAAAUCUAAACUUUAAUUAAAAAACAAUCUAUAUUUGAAGAGUUUAGUUGCAAAACGAUAACUCUGUUUUUUUAAUUUUUCAGAAAUCUCGUUUUUUGGUUGUGCAUUCCAAUUAAUAUCAAUUCAACUGCAGUUGGUUUGUUUUGAUUUAAACCUUCAUAACUUAAAAAAUACAGCUAAGUAGCACCAUAAAACUAAAUAAUAACAUGAUAACAUAAUAAUAAACAUGUUUUGACAAAAACGGAUUUAUCUCGUUAUGCAACGAAACUCUUAAUUUUUUCAGUAUAUACAUAUUUAACAAUUGCAGGUUAUAUUUGGUAGGUUCACUUUAUUUUAACAGUUUAGUUAAUAAUUAAUAGUAGCAGAUAUUGUGUAUUUAAGCACUUAAACGAAUAGUCCAUUUUCUUAAAAAAAAAAAAAAAAAUCCAGAUAAUUUACUCACCACCAUGUCAUCCAAAAUGUUGAUGUCUUUCCUUGUUCAGUCGAGAAGAAAUUAUGAUGUUUUUUUUUAGGAAAACAUUCUAGGAUUUUUUUCAUUUUAAUGGACUUUAAUGGACCCCAACACAGUUUUUUUUUACGGAGUUUCAAAGGACUCUAAACGAUCCCAAACGAGGCAUAAGGGUCUUAUCUAGCAAAACGAUUGUUGUUUUGGUAAGAAAAAUAAAAAAUAUGCACUUUUAAACCACAACUUCUCGUCU